GAAACGCAGUUUGAUGAUGAAACUUAAUACCAAUACAACGACAAAAAAGACAUCGUGGUUCUUUAACUUAAAUCCAUCGUUAAAAUCAAUGAUAAAUUGACAUAUUUGACAAAAUCCGAGCAAUAAACAAUCUAGUGAGAAAUACAGUGCGAUUACAUAAUGACAAAAUCAAUGCAUUAGGCAUUUAAUAAAGUUGAAGAAACUAUAAAAAGGAAAAGAUAAACAAAGAGGAUCGUAAAUUAUUCUUCAUUAUUAAAUAUUCUAUUCUUUAUACUUUAUCAUAAAUUUGUUUGUUCAUACAACGAUUAUUCCUCUCCAAGCUAGUGCUAUUUCGUGCUUUGCACCUAUUCGAGUCAGUCAUCCUACUAAUUACGUAGCUAUUAAAUUACAGCCAUUCGUUUCAAUUUGUGAAGACGCUUUCUAAUCAUGUUGACCAUUAAUUAACACAACUGUGAGGAUGUGAGAGGGUUAACCGAUGCGAAUCUUGAAAGAUUUUCAAUAUUGUUUAUAGUUACACGUUUAGAAAUUGCGACUGUUAGGUAAAUUCAUGAAUAUUUUAUUGUACACUGCUUAAACCAAACCUAUAGCGUGGUUUCUUUGCAUUUAAACCUAUCCUUGGAUUGUAAUUGCAUUACAGAUAUCUGCAAAGCAUGGCUGACUUUUCCCAUGAAUUCCUAUUCUACCCUUUUCAAUCUAUUUACCCUCUUACCUUAUGAUCGCAUUUAUUUGGGGAACUCGGAGGUGAAACUUAGAACUCCCCUCUAUCAGAGUUCAGUUCUGAUUGGUCAAUAUGGUAUGAGAAUUCGUGUCUCUCAGCCCAUCAAAGAUCUGUCAUUUAAACUCCCAAACAAAGGCCCAUUUCGUUUAAGAAACUUCCUAUUUUUAUCAUUGUGAAAAUAAUAUUUUUCACAUAGAUGUUCCCCUUGUUUGCUUUCAUUUAUUUUGAUUAGGUUGUUUUUUAGUCUACGCUGUGUUUUCUGGUACCAGCUAGGAGAUCCACUUUAGAAACAGUGGAGUUUAUAGGAUCACUUCAGGUAUUUCUGCAACUGCUGUGUGUUUGUUAAAACUGCAAUAAAACAAUGUAUGCUUUGAAAAAAAAAAUUCAUAUUGUGCCUUCUUCUGUUUUAUCAAGGUAGGCCAUCGUUUUGCGCGAAUUUCCUACUGGAGAAACGCAUAUCUGGACUUUCGAUUCCUCAUAAAACGCAAAACUGACGCUCGUUGUUAAUAGGAAGUUAGUUUUCAAACUCUCGUUGAAAUUCAGUUCUUCAUUGCCUCCUCUCCACAUCGAGGCUCACUGUGCAUCACAGCUCAUUACGUUCUGACUUAAAAAAAUUUCUAUUGGCUAUUCCAACUUGCUCAGAAGAAAAACAAGCGACCUCCGUGCUACCAGGAGGCCCGAAGAACUCAAAUCAGAGUUCGCCGAGUCUCCUCCAAUUAGGAUUUAUAGUAGUGAGGUUUUUUUGCUCCCGUUCAUUCAUUACUCAAGCUAGUCCAACUAAGCAAAUAUCCUAUUGCCUUUUCUUUUUAUUCUUCUUCUUUACAUUCUUGUUUACUGUCACGAGGUUACCAAAAAAUUUCAAGCGCACUUCAUUUGACUGUGAAUGACGUCUGUUCUAACUGUCAAAACCGAUUUCUAUGUUUCACUUUAUCACCGUGUCUAUUCUUUGUUUUGUUUAUCGUCAUAUCUGUGCUAGAUUUGGAGUCUUCAUGUUGUCUGUCAGCUAGUUUUUAUAUAAAGCUGUAUUCUCCUUCAAAAUGCUAAAAUAUUUUUAGCUCUAAACUUAUAAUAUUCUUAACAACAAUCGAUUUCAAAGUCUUCCACGAGUUCCUAAAAUCUUGAGUUUUUUUUGGUUGAAAAUCAAGUUCUCUUCUUCUUCAUUUUUCACCAAUAGUCUUAUUUUAUAUUGCGAAUUGGAGCAAAAGACUCAGUUAUCUUAUUUUCCCUAUUAAAUGCCGCACCCAAAACUUAGGCUUUGUAAUAAACGCCGUGGCGUUCUUCGGUGGAAAUACGGUAACUGAAAACGCAGUAAAGCAGCAACUGGCAUGAUAAAAUGUUCAUUUUUCACAUUUGUAAUUUAAUGCAAUGUGAUGUAAUUAGAAAAGCAUGUGUGCUCCACUAAGCUUCUCCAGUAGUUAAAUCAUCACAUUUGGCCUAGGCCUUUACAAGACAGCUGUAAAACCCGUCGCCUUCUUGCACUUGUGGUGUAGCACUAUAAAACAAUGCCAGUCAGACACGACGAUGAACACACUAAAUGUAGAGCACAUGUGAUAACGAGGACAUGAUGAUAAACACGCUAAAUGUAGUGCACGAAUGAAAAUGAGGAUAUGACGAUGAACACGCUAAAUGUAGAGCACAUGUGAAAACGAGGACAUGAUGAUAAGCAUGUUAAAUGUAGUGCACGAAUGAAAAUGAGGAUAUGACGAUGAUUAUGCUAAAUGUAGAGCACAUGUGAAAACGAGGACAUGAUGAUAAGCAUGUUAAAUGUAGUGCACGAAUGAAAAUGAGGAUAUGACGAUGAUUAUGCUAAAUGUAGAGCACAUGUGAAAACGAGGACAUGAUGAUAAGCAUGUUAAAUGUAGUGCACGAAUGAAAAUGAGGAUAUGACGAUGGACACGCUAAAUGUAGAGCACAUGUGAAAACGAGGACAUGAUGAUAAGCAUGUUAAAUGUAGUGCACGAAUGCAACGAGGAUAUGACGAUGAUUAUGCUAAAUAUAGCGUGAUGACGUGUACAGAGCUUACUCUAGAUAUCAUGAUGGAAUUGACAGCGAUGAUCUUUCCAAAUGUUGGUUGUAUUUUUUUGCUACGAUGUCGAACUCUAGAUAUCACCGUCGUUGAGCUGAUGAAGCCCCGUAUGCCGGAGCAAAUGUUCAAUAAGACUUCAUCAUAUUUUGAAUUUUGUUUUUUUAAAUUGAAUCAGUCUUUAUAGAACAUUUCCUUGUUGCUUUAAAGUGUUCUUACCUAUCGUUUAUUAUCACAUUUUUCAUCGUAAGAUUCAUAGAAUCCCUUGAACGGCCCCUCCAGCGUCUCCUCCUUCUGGCACACAUUGUUUGCACUUGCUGAAUCAUUUUAGGUUCAAUUUGUUUUUGUUUUUAAUAAUAUAAGAACUCUAGAAUGUCUUACACAUGUAUGCUAGGGCAGCUGCUCGACUUGUGUAUAUCCUGUGUUAGUUGUCUAGUUGAAUGGCUCGAUUCUAACCUUAGCAAUAGGCUCAUUAUCAGCUUUUUGCUGGCAUUCGAUCAAAAGAGUUCUAUAAUGUGUCAUCAGAACAAAUUAUUCAAUUUCAGGCAUUUUCUAGCAAAUUUAGCUGAUUUCGCAUAUAUAGAAGUAUUUCAUGAUGCUGUUUCAAGAUAUGUGAUCAAUUUAUAAAACAAGAGAUUAAAAUUUAUUGAAGUCAUAAUCUUCUUUUAUUCUUGAAAAGAUCCACACGAUCUCCGAGCGGUCUUAACCGCUGAUGGUAGACAUUGCCUACCAGAAAAGCGCAUGUGUCGCUUAGAGACCAAAGCAGCUCAUAGUUUUAGCCCCACAGUGCGAUCAAGUGAAAUUCGUUAAUCUCUUCAUCGGCUUUGUAUUCUAACUCUUUGGUCAUACCGUGGUUUGCUGUCUAAUUUAGCUAUAGCCACCAGGGCUUCUAGACGAAAAAAAGUCGUUAAUAGCACAACGCAGUGCAUCAAUGCAACAGCCACACCUUCUAUCGAUAAUACGUCUUGCUGAAUUGUUACUAAAGGUUUGUGAUUCUAAAUCUAAAGUUAUUUUCGAUCAUUUUUAAGAAGAGAUUUAAAAUCUUUGCUACUGUCCUUUUUCAUCACAAAAAUAUUGUAAGAAGCCACGCAUUUUCGCGCAAGACAAGCUUGACGAGUGUUCAUCGAAUUUUUCGCGUGAAAGUCAGGCUUUCCUGCUCAGAUAACUCAAAAAGUUGAAUUAUCAAUGCAGUUCGGGCCUGGAUAAAGUUCUGAAUUAAUCCUUAAAUUUUACCAGUUUUGAGUCACAGCAUUCAUUUAAAAUUAUUCUUUUGAAAAAAAUUGUUAAGUCAACCGCUGCGCGGCCUAUAUGAUUAUUUCUUGGUUCUGCUUUUAUGGUUUAUAAGACCACAGCUAUUUGAUUGGUUGCCACACCUCAUAGGAAAGGUUUGCAGCAUUAUUUCUGCCCUUUAGCUUUAAGUAUUUGUUGUUUACAUAUACCUACUUGAGAUAAUUGUGUACCGUGUCUAACUGCAAGAAUAGAGAGAAUCGUUCAUUCAGAUUAUCACUCAGUAACAGCUACGCACGUGUGUAUAUUCCUAUUAUGGAAAUGUUUAUUGACAAAGUGGCAAACAGGCUUUGUAGUUUCAUAACGUUACCAUUCCACAUUUGCUGGUAUCUCCAUUAAAGUGGUUGCCGUCGGAGUCCUUGAUGUUAAAGACCGCAGAUAUAAGUGACCAGGUUCUGAUGAAGGUAGCGGUUUGCUGUUGCGACUGAGGUUGUUUGGCAAGCGCAUUUACAUCAUUAAUAUGCAGCAUUCUAUACUACUAAACCAUGUUUGUUGCCAGUUGGUCAUCCUAUAGCGUUGUUGAUGAUUUACAAUUUGCACCGGGAUUUAAUAGAUACCCUACAGGGCAAGGUGAAUUUGUUGAAUUGAAUGACUGGUACCAUUAAGUACCCGCUUACAUCUGUGUGUACACUUUCUCCGAAACAAAUAUUGCUAGCGAAUUUAUUUGCUGAAAUUACUUUGACUUUGACUUGCUUUGGACAAGAGCAUCUAUCUUGAGGCACGAAGUUCCUAUGUUCGGUUCUCAUAUCACCGGUCCGGAAUGAGGUUGGCGAAGUGUUGAUGUUUGUGGUGAAUCACGAGGAAGUUACCGAAGAAGACAUCCAACGAAAAUUGACCGAACAAGAAAAACAAAAAAAGAAAUCGAAAAGUAAGAAGAAAAAGAAGAAGAAAGUAAGGAUGGAUGGGAAGCCAGAAGAAAUCGCACUGCUUGAGAAAAAGAUUGGGAAGGAAUUGAUGCCUGCCAAUGGACAUUUUAGAUAUUCUCCGAAAGUUCAAUUCACUUGCCCGACCCCACCUGAAGAAGAGUUGCCGAGUCAGACUACCAGCAAAGGAGGCACAGCCAACCAAUCCAAUCUUCGUCGAAAGAUUUCAAGGUCAGCAUCUCAUAUCCCUGGCGGUUUCGCACACAACACUGAUGACAGAAGAAGCAGUUUGAAUGCAGAUAAUAAUUUGGGCAUAUUGCUAGACGGCCGGAAGAUAUCUAGCUCAGAUGGAGAUAUGUGUGGUCGAAUUGGCCCCUCGGAUGCAUUUUUGAAAACAAAGCCUCCUGCGAAUGGGCAAAAUCAAGGAAGCAUUUUCGAUAUUGCAUAUCCUGCAGUGCCACCCCUCAGACAAACCAGUAUCAACCCUGGACAAAAAGUUGCACAGGUCAUGUCUCUCGGCACAGAUGUCUUGCCUGAGUACAAAGUGGAAUCACCCAAAAUUCACCCAUGGACUGUCCUUCAUUACUCUCCCUUCAAAGCAGUUUGGGAUUGGUUGAUCCUGGUGAUGGUUAUGUAUACAGCGAUCGUCACGCCGUACAUGGCGGCCUUCGUCUUGACUAGGAAGACUAAAAAGACCGUCAGCACUUCAGACACGGCGGAAGCCGCCGCCUUUAACUACAACGACCCACUAGUCAUUGUUGAUUACAUCGUAGACGUCAUGUUCAUCGUUGAUAUCUUCAUAAACUUUCGUACAACGUUUGUUGAUGUAAACGAAGAGGUUGUAAGUGAUCCUUGUCGGAUUGCUGUGCAUUACGUCAAAGGCUGGUUCCUUAUCGAUUUGCUUGCAGCUAUUCCAUUUGAGCUGUUGAUAAUGAUAAUGAAUACAGACCAGACAACAACGCUUAUAGGCCUACUUAAAACUGCCAGACUCCUGCGCUUGGUCCGAGUAGCCAGGAAGGUGGAUCGCUACUCUGAAUACGGAAUGGCCCUCCUGUUACUCCUAAUGUUUGGUUUUGCGUUGGUGGCUCACUGGUUGGCCUGUAUCUGGUAUGCCAUCGGGGAUAUGGAAAAGCCAGAAUUUAAGAUGAACGGUUGGCUGGCCAUUCUAGCCAGGGAUACCAACAUGCCUUAUAAUACUUCUGACCCGCUAAGUGGACCAGACCUGAAGACAAAAUACAUCACAGCCCUUUAUUUUACUCUCAGUAGUUUGACGAGUGUCGGUUUCGGCAACAUAUCGCCUAACACAAAUGGAGAGAAGCUGUUUACGAUUGUUAUCAUGCUUGUUGGUGCACUGAUGUACGCUGUUAUAUUUGGAAAUGUCACCGCCAUAAUACAAGGCCUCUACUCAGGAAUGGCUCAGUACCAUGCCACAAUGAGAAGAGUCCGAGAAUUCAUGAGAUUUUAUCAAAUUCCUCCACAAUUACGCCAGCGGCUAGAAGACUAUGCGCAGUACGAUUAUUCGUAUACGAAUGGGAUUGACAUGAAUGAGGUUCUCAAACGGUUUCCAGAGGGACUGCAGGCUGAUAUUUGCUUGCAUUUGAACCGUCACUUGCUAUCAACAAACCCAUUGUUCAGGUCGGCAAGUCCAGGAUGCCUCAGAACGUUGUCACUGAAGCUUAAAACAACACAUUGCCCUCCUGGAGACUAUAUCAUCCAUUAUGGAGAUGAAAUAAAGAAUUUGUAUUGGAUUGGGAGGGGCACAGUAGAAGUUAUUCAGAAUGAUACAAUCACUGCUAUUCUUGGCAAAGGAGACGUAUUUGGAGAGAAUUUUAGCAUGGUUGCUAACAGACCGAUGGGAAAAUCAAGAGCAAGCGUGCGUGCACUUACGUAUUGUGAUCUUCACGCUAUAGGGCGAGAUGAUUGCUUGUAUAUUUUGAGAGCAUAUCCAGAUUUCAGGAAGAGCUUUGGGGAGGAUCUAAAGACAACGUUUGAUCUUAGAGACCCACAGCUGGAACAAGCUGACUUGGAGAGUUCCAUGUUCGAUAUCCCUGGUGCAGCACGACUGGCAGAUGUUGUUUUUCAGAGUCCAGAAUUAAUACAAAAAAGACAAUAUGACCCUUGUUACCCUGUUGUCAAAGUUGAUGUUGACAAAUACGGAGGCAAGGGGUACGAGGAAGAGAUCGAUAACAGUGAUAAUGAUGAUCAUCAUAAUCGAAAAGUGUCAGUACAUGAAAACGAGUCGCAGCACAGAUUUAAUACAGACUGCUGUGAAUGUAAUAUUCAUCUAAGAAGGGACAUUGAUAGGCUGAAGACACAAAUCACGAGGUUAGAUCAACAAAUGACCAACAACAUGGAACAGAUUGUGGCGCUGUUAGAAAGAAGUGUUAGCCAAAGGACAUCGGAAAGAAAAACUGGCUAUUUAUUGGCCCAGAGCUCUUCACAUAACGGAACAGGCUAAGAUUUUAUGAUUAUAGAUACUUCAUAGUUCCAUUACAACUUCGAUGCCUUGAAUUCCAAAUGAUCGGUUGUGCAUUGAAAUGUGCGAUUGAAAUGUGGAAAUCUACUCCAAAAGUCACUUGGAGUAGAAACAAAAUCUCAGACAAAACCAGUCAAGCAAAAAUGGCUGUCGUUCUUGGCAGAGUUGUGUGUCAUUCAAGAAGGCAUGUAUUUAGACCCACUAUUGUCAAACUUACGGCAUACUUGUCAGGAAUUUUGUAGCAUGGAUUCCAAACCAGUACCAAAAAAUUCCUCAUUGGCAACGUUUUGGUUUAAACGUUGGCAAAUCUGAUGCAAUUUCACGUCGAGCAAAUGUUUACCACGAAGAUUGCAUUAUACGCCGGUCACCCUGCAUAUCAGUGACUUGUAGUAGCA